AUGCAGUUCAAGCUCUCUGUCGUUGCGGCUCUUGCCGCUGCCGCCUCCGCCGCUGUCACCCCCGCCCGUCUCGGCUGCGGUACUCAUGAUCCUACCCCUGAGCACAUUGAGAUCUCCAAGAAGCUUGCCGAGGAGGAGGCUGCCAACAAUGGCACGGUGAGCCUGAUGGCGGCGGCCACCAUCAAUGUCAACGUCUACUUCCACGUUGUUGCCUCCUCCCAGACCGUGGCCAAUGGCUACAUCACUGACAAGAUGCUGUCUGACCAGCUAGCCGUCAUGAACAGUGACUUUGCCCCUCACGGCAUCAGCUACACCCUGGUUGAGACCACCCGCACCAUCAACUCCGCCUGGGCCCAGGAUGGGGACGAGAUGGCCAUGAAGCGUGCCCUCCGCAAGGGAACCUACAAGGACCUCAACCUCUACUUCGUCCGCACCCUCGGCGGCGACUUCGGGUACUGCUACUUCCCCACCACUGCCGCCGCUGGCUCAACCGCCUACAUCCGUGACGGUUGCACCAUUCUCUCCUCCACCGUCCCCGGCGGCAGCGAGACCAACUACAACCUCGGCAAGACCGUCACCCACGAGGUCGGCCACUGGUUCGGUCUCUACCACACCUUCCAGGGCGGCUGCACCGGCGCCGGCGACUCUAUCGCCGACACCCCCGCUCAAGCCAGCUUCUCCACCGGCUGCCCUACCGGUCGUGACUCCUGCCCUAGCCAGGCUGGUCUUGACCCCAUCCACAACUACAUGGACUACUCUUACGACUCUUGCUACGAGGAGUUCACUCCCAACCAGCAGACUCGCAUGUACAGCUUCUGGAACCAGUACCGCGCAUAG